AUGUACGGCUGCACACCCGGAGGUCCUGGGUUCGAGUCCCGUAAAGUAGCUUCAGUAAUAGUCCGGAGUUGGGAAGUCAGCGGUGUUUCACCCCCGUGCCUCGGAGAGCACGUAAAACCGUCGGUCCUGCGCCUUAACUCUCACUGUUCGUCUCGAGCAGACGUCCCACCGGAAUAUGAGAAUGACAGGGAUAGAGAGUGCACUUGUGUCUGCGCGUACAUUUGUGCACUA